AUGGCCCUACAACCUUCCGAUGUCGCGAAACACAAUAAUGCGAAAUCUUGUUGGCUCAUUAUCCAUAACAAGGUCUACGAUCUUACAGAGUUCCUUCCAAAUCAUCCUGGAGGUAGGAAAGUCAUAUUGAAGAACGCAGGCAAAGAUUCCACAGGAGACUUUGAUCUCAUCCAUUCAAUUGAUAUCCUCGAUAAAUGGCUUGAGCCUUCUAAACAACUUGGUAAUAUUGAUACUACAAGUGUGGCCACUAAUCAAGACACAACACCAAAAACCACAAAAGGAAGCCAAGAAAGUCUAUACCGCAAACCCAAGCUGUCUCACUGUAUCAACAUAUCGGAUUUUGAGAAAGUAGCCCAAAAUGUGAUGAAGAUAACCUCUUGGAACUACUAUUCUACUGGAUCAGACGACGAAUUUACCCUGGAGGAGAACAACACAUCUUUUCAACAAAUACGAUUCAGACCAAAAGUCAUGAUCAACGUGGAACAUGUUGAUAUCUCGACGACAUUCCUUGGCUCGCGCACUUCUGCUCCGAUCUAUAUCUCAGCCACGGCACAUGCAAAGCUCGGUGACCCAAAAGGCGAAAUAACUAUGACAAGGGCGAGUAACAAGCAUGAUAUCAUUCAAAUGAUACCGCUGUACUCCUCUUUUCCACUAGAAGACAUCACUAGCGCGAGGGAGCCAGAUCGCACUCAGUGGUUCCAAGUGUAUGUCAAGAAAGAUCGUAACGUGACGAGAAGAGCUAUCGAGAAUGCUGAGAAACACGGCUGUAAGGCACUUUGCAUCACUGUCGAUAAUCCCCAUAUUGGAAGCCGCGAAAGGGUCCUCCGGCUACAACAGAGCGAGGUCAAUGAGGAGGAUGAAGAUGAUGAGUUUGAAGACGUUCCGGCGACAGAACUUGAUCCUUCACUGAUCAUGAAUUCGACUCUGAGCUGGGACGAUAUUUCGUGGUUUCGAAGCAUCACGACUAUGCCUAUUAUCCUCAAGGGAGUGCAACGGGUCGAAGACGUUGUUAAAGCGGCCGAAUACGGCAUCGAAGCUGUAAUUCUUUCCAAUCAUGGUGGAAGACAGUUGGAGUAUUCCGAAUCCCCAAUAGAGGUCCUCGCCGAGCUUAUGCCUACUCUACGAGGACUGGGGCUACAUGACAAGAUCGAGGUGUAUCUAGACGGUGGAGUCCGCAGGGGUUCGGAUGUUCUGAAAGCCUUGUGUCUAGGCGCUCGAGGAGUUGGCAUUGGCCGCCCUUUCCUCUAUGCUAUGGCGGGAUAUGGACAAAAGGGUGUAGAAAAAGCAAUUCGGAUUUACAAAGACGAGCUGGAGCGUAACAUGCGUCUUAUCGGAUGUACCUCACUGGAUCAACUUUAUCCAGGUCUAGUCAAAAUGCUGGGACAAGUUCGACAGAGACUUUGA